AUGGAGCAGGUUUUCAAAAUGACGGAUCUUGGUCUCAUGAACUAUUUUCUUGGAAUGGAAAUUACACAAAGCCAGAAUGAAGUAUUCAUUUGUCAGAAGAAAUAUGCCAAAGAAAUUCUGAAGAAAUUUCAAAUGGAGGAAUGCAAAGCUGUUGGUACACCCAUGAAUCAAAAAGAGAAGCUGAGCAAAGGAGAUGGAACCGAGAACGUUGAUGAAGGCUACUAUAGAAGCUUGGUUGGAUGCCUUAUGUACCUUACUACCACCAGAUCUGACAUUUUAUUUGCUGUAAAUCUCUUAUCCCGCUUUAUGCAUUGUGCUAGUGAGUUACAUUUAAUUGCAGCAAAGAGAGUGUUAAGGUAUAUUAAAAGUACAAUCAGUUAUGGUGUCAAGUUUGGAAAAAGUUAUGAUUUCAAACUAUGUGGAUUCUCGGAUAGUGAUUGGGCUGGCUCUGUUGAUGACAUGAAAAGUACAUCAGGCUAUUGUUUCAGUUUUGGUUCAGGUUUCGCUAUUGUUUCAGUUUUGGUUCAGGUUUCUUCUCUUGGUGCUCAAAGAAGCAAGAGAUUGUUGCACAAUCUACUGCAAAAGCUGAGUUUAUUGCAGCAACAGCAGCAGUUAAUCAAGUUUUAUGGAUAA